UCAAGUUCACAUGUCGGAAAAGUAAGUUUAUCUUUUUGUUUUUGGCAGUAAGUUCAUACGAAAAGGAAAUUUGGGUUCUAUAAAAUAUUAGGGUGUGUAACACAAAUCGAGUUAACAAAUCACACAAUUCGAGAUCAUGUUUCCAAGGGCAGUGAAGAACAAAACCCCAGCGCCGGUGCAAAUCACGGCUGAGCAGCUUCUAAGGGAAGCUCGACAAAGAGAAGACACUCAGAUCCUGCUGGUCCCUAAGCAGAAAAUCACUGAUUCCGAUGAACUUUCCGACUACAGACUCCGACGUCGGAAGGAGUUUGAGGACAAGAUCCGCGGCGCAAAAACGAACAAUCAAGUUUGGGUGAGGUAUGCGGAUUGGGAAGAGUCGCAGAAGGAUCACCGUCGUGCUCGGAGCGUUUGGGAACGAGCUUUGAGAGACGAGAGUUACAGGAACCAUACGCUCUGGCUCAAAUACGCAGAGUUUGAGAUGAGGAACAAAUCCGUCAACCAUGCGAGGAACGUUUGGAAUGAAGCCGUGAAGGUUCUCCCUCGCGUGGACCAGCUCUGGUUCAAGUUUAUUCACAUGGAGGAGAUACUUGGGAAUAUCGCCGGAGCUAGAGAGGUAUUUGAACGGUGGAUGGUUUGGUCACCGGAUCAACAAGCUUGGCUCUCUUUUAUCAAAUUCGAACUUAGGUAUAACGAAAUCGAACGCGCAAGAUCGAUUUACGAGAGAUUUGUGCUUUGCCAUCCAAAAGCUUCUUCCUUUAUUCGAUAUGCCAAGUUUGAGAUGAAGAACCGUCAAGUUUCGCUUGCAAGGAUUGUGUACGAACGCGCCAUUGAGAGACGUGAAGAAGAAGCUGAGAUGAUCUUUGUGGCCUUUGCUGAGUUUGAAGAAGGGUGCAAAGAAGUGGAACGGGCUAGGUUUCUUUACAAGUUUGCUCUUGAUCAUAUCCCUAAAGGAAGAGCUGAGGAUUUGUAUAAGAAGUUUGUGGCGUUUGAGAAACAGUAUGGGGAUAAGGAAGGGAUUGAUGAUGCCAUUGUUGGCGAGAGAAAGCUUCUGUAUGAAGGUGAAGUGAGGAAGAACCCUUUGAACUAUGAUUCCUGGUUCGAUUACAUUAGGUUGGAGGAGACUUUGGGGAAUAUAGAUAGGAUCAGAGAUCUCUAUGAGAGGGCUAUUGCUAAUGUUCCACCCGCCCAGGAGAAACGAUACUGGCAGAGAUAUAUCUACUUGUGGAUUGAUUAUGCACUUUUUGAAGAGAUUGUAGCUGAAGACGUGGAGCGUACUCGAGCUGUGUACAGAGAAUGCCUUGUGCUUAUCCCGCACUCCAAAUUCUCUUUCGCCAAGAUAUGGUUGCUCGCUGCACAGUUUGAGAUCAGGCAACUGAAUCUCUCCGGUGCUCGGCAGAUAUUAGGAAACGCCAUUGGCAAAGCUCCAAAGCAUAAGAUUUUCAAGAAAUACAUUGAGAUCGAACUCCACUUGGGAAACAUAGAUAGAUGUAGAAAACUGUACACGCGGUAUCUUGAAUGGUCUCCUGAGAGUUGCUAUGCUUGGAUCAAGUUUGCUGAGUUUGAGAGGUCUCUUGCUGAAACAGAACGAGCUAGAGCUAUAUUUGAACUUGCAAUAUCUCAGCCUGUUCUUGACACCCCCGAGCUGCUAUGGAAGGCAUACAUUGAUUUUGAGAUAUCACUAGGGGAAUUAGAGAGGACACGAGCUUUAUAUGAGCGACUCUUGGACCGUACAAAGCAUUACAAGGUGUGGCUUAGUUUUGCAAAGUUUGAAGCUUCUGCUGCUCAAGAUACUGAUGUUAUUCUUGAACACGCCAGAGCGAUUUUCGAUAGAGCCAACACAUACUACAAAGAGUCCAAACCGGAGCUCAAGGAAGAACGAGCUAAGCUGUUGGAGGAUUGGCUGAACAUGGAGGCCAGCUUUGGUAUUCCCGGGGAUGUUAGUGCUGUUCAAUCGAAGCUCCCAAAGAAGCUCAAGAAGAGAAAGCCAAUCACUAGAGAAGACGGUGAAACAGAGUAUGAAGAAUACAUUGAUUAUUUGUUCCCAGAAGAAUCACAGACGAUGAAUCUCAAGAUUCUUGAAGCUGCUCAUAAAUGGAAGAAGCAGAAGGUUGCUGCUUUCUGAGGAUUAUUACUAUUUUAAGUUUAUUUCUGAGAGUUGUUUUGUUUUCUUACUUCUCUGUACAUUCUCACUUUAUCUGUUUAAUUUAGCAGUCACUUUUAUUAUCCAAGAAAAUUCAAAUC